AUGAAAAUAAAACCGUUCGUCAUCGGAAAGGCAGCGAAACCACGCUGUUUUAAAAAUAUUGAUCCAAAAACUUUGCCUGUAUACUGGAAUUCAAAUAAAAAAGCCUGGAUGACAAGUGCCUUAUUUGAAGAAUAUCUCCGUGAUUUGAACAAUCAAAUGCGUCGUAAACGUCGAAAAAUCUUGCUUUUUCUUGACAACGCCACUUCACACUGCCCGAACAUUAGGCUAUCGCAUGUCACUCUGAAAUUCUUUCCUGCCAAUACCACAUCUGUUUUACAACCGCUAGACCAGGGAAUUAUUAGAGCAUUUAAAGCUCGAUACAGAAAGAGACUCCUACGUUCUGUUAUUGCAAAGAUUGACACAGAAUCGAGUGCGAGUGAAGUGGCGAAAUCCGUAAAUGUACUCGACGCCGUACACUGGAUCAACAGUUCGUGGAUUGACACGAAAUCUGAGACAAUAACAAAAUGUUUUCACAAAGGUGGUUUCCAUCAACUGGACAGUGAAAUCACCGAUGUGGAAGAAGCAGACGACACAGAAGAGAUAAGAAAUCUUAUCAAUGAAGUCACAGGGCCAGAUGUUCAAUGCACCGUUGACGAAUAUCUUAACUUCGAUGACAAUAUGCCGACAGAGGAAACUUACGAUGGCGAAUGGGAACAACAAAUUUUAGAGAAUUUUAUUGAAGACAAAGAAAACCAAGACUGUCUAGAUGAUGAUACAGAAAGCAGUGAAAAUCAAAUCGUCAAUGAAUGUGACGAGGGCAGCGACAUGACACAUCAGGAUGUGCUGCACAUGUUGACAAAAAUAAAGAACUUCGCAAUAAACAAAGACUCGUGUUACCUGACUGCAGUCCAAGACCUGCAAACCAUGACUGAACGAAAAAUUGUACAGAAAAGAUGUUCUUUGAGGCAGUCAACUUUGGACAGUUUUUCACACCAUAAACUGACAUUUAUUGACGUACUUAACCUAAGUUUAGUGACUUUUUUCAACGUGAAUCAGUGA